AUGUCUAGAAGUUUUUUGGUUUACAAUGCCCUCCCUCCAGGGGAUAUGGGAUGGCCUCUUGUUGGUUCUUCUUUAUCGUUCUACCAAGCAUUUAAAAUCGGUGGCGACCCUAACUCUGUUAUGGAUAAUCUCAUUUCUAGAUUUGGAAGAGUUAGGAUGUACAAAAGUCACCUGUACGGUUUUCCAGUGAUCAUCGUGACAGAUCCAGAAGUAUGCCGACGCAUAUACUUAGACGACGAACAUUUCAAGUUGAACUAUCCAAAGUCAGUGAAACUAUUACAAGCAGAUGGUUCACUAUUGAAGGUCGACUACAAAAUUGUGCAYCGCUUGAUGGCAGCUCCGAUAAACGGYGUCGAGGCGUUGUCUCGGUAUGUCGAGUUCAUCGAAGAUGCGGUGGUGGAGGGUUUGGAGGAAUGGGGCAGCAUGAAAGGCCCAGUGCCGUUGCUUCAUGAAUUCAAACGCCUCACCUUCAAGAUCAUUAUAGGGGUUUUCUUGGGGYCUGUUUUCACUGAYUCUGAAGUAGCAGAACUUGAGAGUUUGUACGCAGAGAUCGGACCAGCAAUCAUGUCCAUUUUCCCUUAUAACUUGCCAGGAUUCAGUUACCGUCGAGCACUCAAAGUACAUCAUCCAUUAACUCUGCCCCUCAUAAAUAAUCUACAUAUUAUAUAUAGUUAA